AUGAUUUCGAACACCGAUGGUACCACGUUCAUCUAUUCUGGCAAACCCAACGGAGUUCCCAGAUCUAGCGGCGUUGGUUUUUUACUGUCUAAAGAUGCGAAACGGGCCUUGAUAAUGUGGAAACCCCAUUCCGACAGAAUCAUCUCUAUUCGUCUUCGCACCCGAGCACGCAAUAUAUAUUGUAUACAGUGCUACGCACCCACGGAAUUGGCUGACCUCAGGGAAAAAGAGGAGUUUUAUAGUCAAUUGGAGAAGAUUAUAAGAGAUGUCCCUAGUGGCGACAUUCUAGUGCUAAUGGGCGUCUUUAAUGCACAAUUGGGCCCCUGUAACAUAAACUUGGAACGGGUAAUGGGUUCCCAAGGAAUGGGGCGAAUGAAUGUGAAUGGUGAACUUUUUGCUGAAUUGUGCGCGAAACACAACCGCACCAUCGGUGGAACGAUAUUUCCGCAUAAUAGGAUACAUAAGGUAACCUGGGUUUCCCCUGAUCACAGAACGGAGACCCAAAUUGACCACAUUGCCAUAAGCAGGAAAUGGAGAGGCUCCUUACUGGAUGUUCGCAACAGACGAGGUGCUGACGGAUCCUCUGACCAUCACCUACUUGUUGGAGUUAUUAGACUGAAAAUAUCGGCAAUUCGGCGACAGAAUAUGACACCUUCGCCUAGGCAGUACGAUGUGGGCAAACUUCAGCAAGCUAGUGUACGGGAAAGGCUCAUGGGAACUAUGAGGAGACGAUAUGAAGAGGUAUCGGAACGUGAACGUGCGCAGUGGAGUGUGAUAAGGAGUAUACUCACGGAAAGAGCUAGACAGCAAAUCGGAUACAGACAACAUAAGCGCAAAAUAUGGAUUACGGAUGAGACCUGGCGACUCAUUGAUGAGAGAGGACGAAUUAAGAAUGAAAUAAAUGCGGCAAAAACAAGAGCAUCGAGAACACGCUUGCAGAUCCUAUAUUCGUCUAUGGACCGCAUGGUAAAACGCAGUGCUCGACGGGAUAAGCGUUCUUAG